ACUUAAAAAACAAGGCCGUGGCAAUAAACCAAAAGCAGCAGACACAAUCAAUGAUGACGAAAUAGAACUUCUGUACACCUCAGGACAGUUGGGUACUUCUUCCCCAGCUGCACUUAUCAACACUCUAUGGCUGAACAACACUCUACAUUUUGGAAUGAGAGGUGGUGGCAGUGAACACAGACAGCUAUGUUGGGGUGAUAUUACCCUUUGCUUUGACAGUGAUCUUGGCAAGGAGUAUUUACAAUUUAAUGAAAGACAGACGAAAACUCGCACUGGUGAAGACAUUCACAGUAUUCGAAAGACACAUCCGAGAAUGUAUGCUACAAAUAUUGUAGGCCGCUGCCCAAUUGAAGUCUACAAAAAAUAUGCUGAAAAAAGACCUUCAACUAUGAAGAGCAAUGAAAGUCCUUUUUAUCUAUCUAUAGUGACAAAUAAUGACAAUCCUACAUACAAUGAAAGAUGGUUUCUUUCACAACCAAUAGGAGUUAACAAAUUAAACCGACUGCUUAAAAGUAUGGCAGAGAAAGCAAACCUACCUGAUCUCCAAUUCAAGCCCCUCUCAAACACAAGUGUCAGAAAACACUUGCGUCAGAAACUUCUGGACAGCAAUGUGCCAGAUACCCAUGCUGUACAUGUCACUGGACACAAAAAUCCACAAUCUCUAAACAAUUACAGGACUCUUUCCAACAGGCAACAGCAUUCUAUGUCUAGGAUUCUAUCUACCACUCGGCCAGACAAGGAGAACAUCACUAGACCCAAUGAAAUUACUCAUGUACAACAGAUUUCUCAAACAUGUAGUCAGUCCCUUGAAGUUGAAAGCUCCAUGAAUAUUGAUACAAACUUGGCCAUGCGUUCUGUAUUCAGUCACUCAAACAUAUACGGUGGAACAUUCAAUAUUAAUCUUCACAUAGAACAACCCAAACGCCAACGUCUUGAAUAA